CUUUUAAAACCAACAAACAAUCUUAGAAAAAAACUCUAGAAAAUCCCCACAUUGAUCCAGCCAGAGAUAGAUGGAAUCCAUUCUUCUAGAGAAGAUAGGAUUAUUCUCCAACAAGAUCUCCAAAGAUGAUCUGAAACCAGGAGAUCACAUCUAUUCAUGGCGUAACGCUUAUAUCUAUUCCCAUCACGGGAUCUACAUAGGAGACGGAAAGGUCAUUCAUUUCACUCGCGGAGGUGGUCUUGAGAUCGGAACAGGGACUUUUUUGGACACGCUCAUUGUCAGCUCUAUUACCAAUCACGGAGGAGACAACCCUUGUCCUAAUAAUAACUGUGGAAAACAAUCCAACACGCAUGGAGUUAUCUCUUCUUGUCUCGAUUGCUUUCUCUCCGGAGGUGAUCUCCUUCGCUUCGAGUACAGCGUCUCUCCGGCUCUGUUCAUGGCCAAGCUUCGAGGAGGCACCUGCACGACGGCGGCUUCGGAUCCUCCCGAGGAAGUGAUCUCUCGCGCGGAGUUUCUGUUGCUGAGAAAUGCGUUUGGCGAGUACCAUGUGUUCGAGAAUAACUGCGAGGAUUUCGCGAUGUAUUGUAAGACGGGGCUGGUGGUGGGGAGGAGCUAUGUGCUUGGGAGAAGCGGUCAGGCUAAUUCGGUGAGUGCGGUUGCGUGCGUGGCACGUGCGGUUAGUCCUUGGGCUAGUAAUGCGAUACGUCUGUGUUCGGAUAUUGGUAUGCGGAGUGAUGCUGUUAAAGUGCCUGUCGAGAGCCUCGUUGCUCGGUUUAGUCAGGCAGAUACAUCUUCAAAGGAAAGCUGAUUUUGGUUUUGGUUUUGGUUCUGAUUGUAUGCAGUGUGUGUAUUUUGAUUAUUGUUUGAUGCAAUAUUGAAUCUGCUUGUAUAAUUGUGUAACUCUUAUCAUAUGGUGUGUGUGUGAAUACAGUUUAACUGAGGUCUUCAUUGUU